GGACGUCAUUACAACCGUCCUCGUACGCCCUUUUCCUUUGUCCUUUCUUCCAACUUUGAACGUAUCGUGCCGGCUUCCUCCCUUUCUCCUACAUCGACCCAUCGUCAGCCAGACUGCGCACGCGCCUCUUCUCCGCUGCAGCCGCACCCGAUCCUGCCCCGCGCAGUCCCUGGCCACGACUGCCCCACUGCGCUUCCCCGUCGUCAUCCGCCUCGCACGCAGCCAGAGGCACGUCAUCUCAUCCAGCUUAUCGAUAUCCUCGUACCACGCAACCGGGAACAUCCCCAAGGUCAACCUCGCCAGCAACUCGAACACAUUUCCUUGAUCGAAACCCGCCAGCUCUGGGGGAUAUCACAGCCUCGGCCUUUCACCUUGUCUGCUUGCUGCGAUCGACUCGCACACCGCCAUGUCGUCACUGCGCCUCACCAUCGAGGACGGCCAGUUCCGCGACCAGCACGGCAGGCAUGUCCUCCUCAGGGGUAUCAAUGUUGCAGGCGAUCACAAGUUCCCCAGUGAGCCCAACGUCCCGUCACAUGUCGCAGACAACUUCUUCGACGGCGACAACGUAAAGUUUCACGGUCGCCCCUUUUCCAAAGAGGAUGCGCACAUCCACUUCUCCCGCCUCAAGCGCUUCGGCUACAACACCAUCCGCUACGUCUUCACAUGGGAGGCCAUCGAGGCGGCUGGCCCCGGCAAAUACGACGAGCAAUGGAUCCAGCACACCAUUGACGUCUUGAGGGAGGCCAAGGACUUUGGGUUCUACAUCUUCAUGGACCCGCAUCAGGACGUGUGGUCGCGGUAUUGUGGUGGCUCCGGCGCACCCAUGUGGACAAUCUAUGCCUGCGGCCUCAAUCCUCAGACCUUCGCCGCCACCGAGGCGGCCAUUGUGCACAACACAUACAGUGACCCCGAAAAGUUCCCCAAGAUGAUUUGGUCGACAAAUUACAACAGGCUCGCAGCUGCGACAAUAUUCACAAUGUUCUUUGGGGGCCGCGACUUCGCACCAAAGUGCAUUAUUGACGGGAUGAACAUCCAGGAUUACCUUCAAGGCCAUUUCAUGCGCGCAUGCGAGCACCUCGCCAAGAAAAUACACGAGGCGGGCGAUCUGGAGAACGAUGUCGUGUUUGGCUGGGAAAGCCUGAACGAGCCGAAUCGAUGCUUGAUUGGCUACCAUGACAUCAGCGUGAUACCUUCGGAGCAGAACCUCAAGAAGGGCACUUCCCCUACAAUCUGGCAGGCCAUCCUGACGGGAUCCGGACGCGCUUGUGAAGUCGACUCGUGGGAUAUGGGUGGUCUUGGUCCCUACAAGGUCGGUCGCGUGUUGAUUGACCCCCAGGGAGAAAAGGCAUGGCUCCCAGCCGACUAUGAUGACUCUCGCUAUGGCUGGACAAGAGAUCCGGGCUGGAAGCUGGGAGAGUGCAUAUGGGCCCAGCACGGGGUGUGGGAUCCUUCCAACGAUGUCCUGUUGCGCAAGGACUACUUCACGAAGCACCCGAAGUCUGGAAAGGUCAUUGACUACCCCGAAUUCACCAACACGUACUUCAUGGAGUUUUAUCGGACUUACCGCGAUACCAUCCGAGCCAUACACAAGGACGCCAUCUUGCUUUGCCAGCCACCGGUGCUCGAAAUCCCACCUAGCAUCAAGGGGACAGCAGACGACGACCCCAAUAUGGUUUACGCACCUCACUACUACGACGGCAUCACCCUCAUGACCAAGAAGUGGAACCGCACGUGGAAUGUCGAUGUGUUUGGCGUUCUGCGCGGAAAGUAUUUGCACCCUGCAUUUGCCAUCAAGAUUGGCGAGACUGCCAUCCGCAACUCUUUCAAGGACCAGCUAGCCGCGAUGAGAAAGGAGGGCCUGGACUACAUGGGCAACCACCCUUGCUUGUUGAGCGAAUUCGGUAUCCCGUAUGACAUGGACGACAAAGCAGCAUACAAGACUGGCGACUACUCGAGUCAGUCUGCAGCAAUGGACGCCAAUCACUUUGCUGUCGAAGGCGCGCAUAUGGAGGGCUAUACCUUGUGGCUGUACUGCGCGACUAAUGAUCACCACUAUGGGGACCAAUGGAACGGAGAGGACUUGUCCAUCUUCUCUGUCGACGACCAGACCCUGCCCAUCACGCCGCUACCGCGAGACUCCGAGUUCACUCAGACGUCGGAUGGUCUGCUCAAGGUGAACACCACACAGGGCCGAAAGGAUGGCAACUCUGAGACCACCGUCACGCCGGCGAACCUCAAGCGCACGCUCACAAACCCAUCCAUCUCGUCCGAGCGCUCCAGCCCGAAUCCCGAGCUCACCAACGCGCCGGGAUACCGCGCUGCUGAGGCGUAUGUCCGGCCUGCGCCGAUCUAUACCAACGGCGCCAUCAUCGACUACGUCUUUGACCUGCGUAAUUGUGAGUUCACUCUCAAUGUCGACGGCACCAAGCUGCUGUCCGACGAGACCCCAACAACCAUCUUCCUACCCGAGUGGCAUUUCCCCAAGGAGCAGUGCACGGUGGAGGUCAGCGGUGGCAAGUGGGAGAUCAGCACGGACGACGAGGAACGGGCGCUGGUGCAGAAGCUACGGUGGUGGCACAGCGACGGCAAGCAGACGCUGCGGGUCAAGGGCCUGGUUCGGCCACGCAGCACGCUCGCCGGCACGUCCGAGGAGGCUGGCUAUCUGGAGCAGUGUCAGGCCGGUUACGGUAUCGACCUCAAAAACUGCAGUGUAAUGUGAAGCGUCCUGGUCAGGACGAUACUCCGUGGGACCGGCAAGUUCGCCAGGAGAUUCUCGUUGUGUGGCCUAAACCAUUGACUCGUGUUUUUUUGUUUUUGUUUUGCACGAAACGAAGUUGAUGGGGAUUUAUGGCGUUUUGUUUUUGGAUAGCAUCACACGAAGCCAUUGAAUUCUUACCAGUUGCACCCACCC